CCUUUGAGACAAAUAAUUAUUUUGUGGAGGUGAAGUGCAUGAACUGUUAGAAAACAGCGUUUUGAAGGUUCCAAGCUUCUUGUACAUAGCUAACUGCUGAGUCUUUGUGCAGGAAAUAUCAACAGAUACCAGGUGGCUGUUACCCCACGAUCUCCUAUUCAUUGUAAUCUUGAUCAUUUUGUGGACUUCGUAAUUUUACUUUCACACAAUGAGUGGUGCAGGCCUAAGAACCGUAUACGUUGUAGCUGCCAAACGUACCCCAUUUGGGACGUUUCUUGGCAAGUUGAAAGAUGUGUCGGCCACGGACCUCGCUGCCCAUGCCACGAAAGCUGCCCUGGCGAGUGGCAAUGUUCCCGCUACAGCCGUGGACGCAGUCAUAGUCGGCAACGUCGCCCAGUCAUCUUCAGAUGCCGCCUACCUUGCACGUCAUGCAGCACUGAAGGCAGGAUGUCGCCAGGAGAGCACCGCACUGACUCUGAACCGCCUCUGCGGUUCCGGCUUCCAGUCCGUCAUCAGCGGUACCCAGGAAAUUGAGCUCGGCCGCGCCGAGGUUGUUGUAGCCGGUGGUACGGAGAGCAUGACCCAGGUGCCGUACGCCGUCCGAGGCGCCAGGAAGACCACGCUUGGCCAAGACCUCAAGAUGGAGGACACGCUUUGGUCCAGUCUGACCGAUGCCUAUGCCAACCUGCCCAUGGCGCUGACAGCGGAGAAGCUCGCCGAACAGUAUGGCAUCACACGCGGGCAGUGCGACGAGUUCGCGCUUCAGAGCCAAGCGCGUUGGGCUGCGGCUCACGAGGCCGGUCACUUUGCUGAAGAACUGGCUCCCGUCGAAGUCAAGGGGAAGAAGGGACCGGAGCAGUUUUCUGCCGACGAACAUCCUCGUCCCGAGUCCACGCUGGAGAAGAUGGCGAGUCUGAAGGCCGUCUUCAAGAAAGGCGGAACAGUGACGGCUGCCAACGCUUCAGGUAUCUGUGACGGUGCAGGUGCAGUGGUGUUGGCCAGCGAGGAGGCCGUCAAGCAGCACGGCCUGACGCCGCUGGCACGCAUGGUGUCGUACGGCGUGUCCGGUGUGGACCCGACCGUCAUGGGCAUCGGUCCCGUCACAGCCUUCCAGCAGGCGCUCAAGCAGGCCAAGCUGAGCCUCACCGAUAUGGCGCUCUGCGAGGUGAAUGAAGCGUUUGCUGCCCAGUACCUGUCCGUGGCAAAGGAGCUCGGUCUGGACAAUGCGAUCACGAAUAGCUGCGGCGGAGCCAUCGCGCUCGGCCAUCCGCUGGCCGCGUCGGGCUCGCGCAUCACCGCUCACCUGGUGCACCAGCUGCGACGUACCAACCAGCGCUACGCCAUCGGCGGCGCAUGCAUCGGCGGUGGUCAAGGUAUUGCCGUGCUUCUGGAGAAAAUGUAAAGCGGGGGCCCCGUCGGGAAAAUGGACGUUACGACUCCUCUGAGCUCUUCAGUCAAGGCAUUGCUGUGCUUGUGGACUUUUUGAGAGAGUAAAACGAACCUGUCAAAAAGGGACGUGAUGACUCCUCUGUGCGGCAGUCAAGGUAUCUGUGCUUUUAGAGAGAGUCUAAAACGAACCUGUCCGAAACCUAGACGUUACCACUCCGCUGAUGUCCUCUGUAGUGUUUCGUAUUUCAACUUCUAGUCUAUUAACUGUUUCUAUUUCUCUCUUACUCAAAUGAUGACGGGUACGGUAGGUAUCGGAUUUCUUCCAAAUUUACUGUCACCAGACUGACGUGUCAUUCGUUACGUAGGAUCGUAGAAUGGUAGCACUAAUGAUCUCGUCAGUCCAUGCCCCUUGACUCUAUUUUCGAUUUAAAAGAACUUAGCCCAGUUAUCAAAUUUUGAAGUACUCGUCGAUGAGAGACUAUAAUGCGUGGGACUUGCA